AUGCUGUCGUCACAAGCUAAGAAUAAAAUACUGGCUGGUGCAGUUGCCAUCAUCACAGCUUCAGGUGCAGUAUGGGGUGCAAGCUUGAAGAUGAGCCAGGAAGAACAAGAGAAAGUCCGAAAGAGCCUUGAUGCCACGCCGGAAGAGAAAAUAAACAGUUUACUGCUCGCCAGGGAGAACUUGGUUGCGAAACGAGAGAUGCUUGAAAAGCAGAUCAAGGGAAUUGAAGCAAGACAGGCAGAGAAAGCAGAGCUUGUACGGCAAAAAGAGCAAUAUCAGAAGCAGCAACAAUCUACCCAAGGAUACGGAUACCAAUCCCCAAAUGACAAGCAGAGAUGA